GCCAUCAUGAGUCAAAUUUGACAUUUAGUGAGUAACUCAGCACAAAAAAGAAUUUAGAUGAAGGGGGAAAAGCUGUGUUUCUUUACAUGUGCUGAAUUUUUCGACUUGGUGGCGGAGAAAUGCGUCUUUAUUUGAAGCAUGAGCUUACGAAGAAAACCAUUCCAAACGUAACCCUUCGAGAUGGCUAUCAACCCGCGGUGGGCAACACGUUACCAUGCCGACCCGAGACUGGAGAAUUGAUUCCAAUAGAGCCAGCGCUAUGGUACAAAACUUUACUCAUAGACGCCAUCAUUAUCGAUUGUGACAGACAAGAGGUCAAGUGGAGAAGAAAAAGGUUAUCAGGUGGUAUCCCUGAUAGGGGCAGUUCUACUGAAACUUUCGAGACUUACGUUUUAAAAGAUAAUGACGAUGAUGUGUACGAGUUUCUGGCUGAUGGUUCGGAUGGAUUCCCAUCCCUGGGCGAUUUCGAGGAGUCCAUGUUUGGCAGAGGGGUGUAUGAUUACGAGCCUACAACAGACAGCGUGUUCCAAGAGGUUGUCGACCUGUUUGAAAACGUACGCAACAAAAGGACCAGAUUCAAAGAGUUCAACCUAUCAGUACUCCGGCUGCUCCAUUGCUACAUCUUGCCAAAUGUUGUUUUGUGGCGAAAAGAUGUGCCGAUGCUGAAGUAUGCUCUGAGUUUCAUGGAUAGACAAAUGGAGCUAGCAGAAGCAGCCAUUGACAAAAAAAGCCAAAGUGUUCAGCUUUUGCAAGCCACCCUCAAACGGAUGAGAGGUUUAUUUAUAGACGAGUUCCAAAAAGAAGAGCAAGUUAGGCUGUACAAUACUGACUUUUUGAGAAAGAUUUCAUAUAAACUUCAGGGUGAUGUGAAUGAUCUCUCUGAGGAACUAGAAAACCUGCAGGUUGAAGUGGAGCAAAUAAAACAACGUGGGGGAGAGUCACCAGCGGCUGUCUCCUAUUUAGCUGAGAAACGUCAAGUUAGAGAUCUUGCCUGGCGAAAGAAAGAACGCGCAACAACGAUGCGUGAAAAUGUGCGCAACGUUGUUGCAAAGCCGUCGAAACCAAAGAAGUUUCGACGCGUUUGGGGCUUGAAACCGACCAUGUUGGAUUCCCAGUUUAGGUACAUGGAGGUUCAUAAACUGUUUGAAGAAAAGAAAGCAGAAAUGCUUGAACUGUAUAAUAGAAAAUUGAAAGUGAUAAGUGUGAGGGAAGCUAUUAAGUCUGCCUUGGCAGACUUAGCUGUAGAUAUGGAAACGGUUGGCCUGCAGCUUAAAAUAGAUGGAAGUGAACGUGCAACGGAUGUAAUGGGCAUUGCUGGCAAACCAGAGGAAUGGAUGACCUUAGAAGAAAGAGUGGGCUGUGUCAUUUUAAUACCAGACACGCCAUUAUUCCAAAUGCACAGAGAGCUGUGCCAUUCUAUUAAAGAUCAAAUAAGGACAGUCUUAGAUGAGGUCGGAAUUUUAAUUGUUGAUAGUGGAAGUAAUGUUGUGUUUAACCAGAUGGAGGCCUCGUUCAAAACUUCGUUAGACUUAGCAGGCAUGCAAGCACAGCGUCGCCGCGCUCGCAGCAGCUGUUCACGACUUAUCCAAAGCAUCUGCUUGUACGGUGAGGAGAGUGUACUACCGCUGAAAGUACACUGUGAAAAGAUCAGAAAUGACAUACAUGAAGGCAUCGGCAAAGUUGUCCAAUGUUUGAAGGAGCUUCACGAGCUGAGUACCAGUGAAGGCAAGCUUUGGAUGUGUUAUGAGACACACAUAUAUCCUCAGGUCAUGCCGCAUUUGAUCACGCUGUACGAGGUGGCUUACAAACCUCUCACAGCCAUGCUUGUUAAAAAAAUUCCGUCCUUAAGUGCAAAGGACCUACAGGUCCAGGAAGAAUGGUUGUUAGAACUGACAGAGUGUGACCAAGACACUGGCCUAUCAUUACCUCACUACUGUGGAGUCCCACAGCCAGACUCUGAUGAAACAUUAGAAAAACGUCCCCAUUCUGAUUGCUCAGACACUGAGCCGACAGGAGAGGGAACUGAGGAACUCUCCAAUCGGAUUUCGUACGAACUAAGCAGCCAUAGUCUCCAUGAAUUAUAUGUGAGGGCAAAUAGGGAUGGACAAAAAAUCCAACGAGAACUGGAGAUGAAUCGAAUGCCAGUGAAUGUUUUAACCGCCAAUGGAACUAUGGAAGGUCAGGAUUUAUAUAAUGGCAGCGGGAAUGGAGGUGAAAUCAACACUAUACAGGAAGAACCAGAAGACAGACUUGAGAGUAUGGCCAAUUUUUCUGCAAAUAAUGCAGGGUCUUCGCCUGUCUUGGAAGAAAAAUCCCAUAACUCAGCUCCUGUCAUCACAAAAAAUUCCUGCAACUGUAAAAUUGGCGAUUCUAAUCCUCCACCAAGGUACUCUUUCAAAAUUGCCUUUCAGCCUGCCAUGCACUACAUAUACUCAAUCUCCGAUAAUGUUACCGUCCUUGGCAAACUCAUUCAACUUACCAAAGCUUUCCGAUUCAUCGGUCACAAAGUAUCGGAGUUGCGAAGCAACCUUAGUAACCAUAGAAACGGGAAAAAUAAGGUGUAUCAGGCCUGUUGUGACGACAUGGUGACAGUAUGUCUGCUUCUACUCACAUAUCUACCCGGAAAUGAACUGGCUCGUUUCUAUGUCAACCUCUCUCUGAUGUAUGAUCUCAUGGCGCCAUGCCUGCGUGAUGGUGUCCAUGACUGCACUAUGGUCAAUUUCAAAAGCGCCUUUCAGUUUGCUAUUUCGCAGCAGAUUGAUAAGCAGUUAAGAGUAAACAGAGAAUCAGAUGUCUGAUGUAACAGUAUUGAUGUAUAUUUUUAAUUACAUUAACAUACAUCAUAUAUCAGUUAAAUUUUGCUACAAAUGGUUGCCCAUAUCCUGCGAGACAGGAAGACCAUUUUGUGCAAUAUUUUUGACUACAUGAUUUAUAUGUUAAAAUGAAUAUUCAUUGUCAAAGAAAAAGCAUAUUUCAGUAUUAUUCUUUUACACUUAAGAUGUUGUGCAGAUAAAAAGUGUUGAAACUUUUCCAGUUUUUGAGCCAAGUUUUCGGAGCAAAGGGAGAUUUUUAACUGAAUUUUCAUAAAAAAUAAAAUGUUUAAAUUCAUCAGCAGAAAUAUUGUAUUAAUGUAUUUUAACUUUUAUACAACUUUACCAUGUAUUGUACAAAGCUAUUUUAAUCUGGCUUUAUUGCCUUAAAACAAAUAAUAUUCCCUGAGUGAAAUGAUAUUUUAUGGUAGGCCUUGCAUUGGCUUUCACAUUUUGUAUGUUUAUGUCACAAAUUUUAAACUGUGCUAUUCUCGAAAAUGGCUUAAAACAGGAGUCAAAUAUAUGCAAUAAACUAUGCAAUAUUCAAACUAUAACACCUCUUGAUUCACUGCUUAGAAAGUACCUAAAAAAGUAAUUACAUUUAUUUUAUUUACAAAUUGUGCAAAUAUGAACUCUAUAUUGGGAGGUGUGAUUUUAAGUCAGUUUCUUAUUUUUUAGCGCAAAGUAAUGUAUGAAAGAUUGGUUUUAGAAUUCCUUCAGACAUGUUAAAUCUGUUAAAAUUAUGUUAAAAAAUUUUAUUGUUUUUAUGGUGGAAGUUGAGACAUACUUUUCAGCGUUAAAUAUACCUUUUGUUUUCUCACACAUUUAUUGGUCAGAAACCCUCUCCACAAUUGUUUCUUAUCUGAUGGAUUUACAUUUUUUAUUGGCAGUUUUUAUCCAGUUUUAGAUGUAAAUACUGGAUUUUUAACUACAUGUAUUAUAUAGAGAGUUAUCAUCUCAUUUUAGGAAAAUGUGUUUUUAACAAAACAAAUUUCGGUAAUUUUGAACAAAUUUUGUACCAGAACAAGACCCUUUUUGUGUUCAAACUUUACAAAACCUUUUGCCAAUGCUUGGAUUUUGGGUAAUAUGCUGUUAUAGCAAAACUGUAACUAUAGCUCUUGAUCCAUGGGAAACAAGUCUUCAUUACUUUUUUCGUGAACAUAUUACUGGUGUAUAAAUGAUCAUGUAUAUGAAUCUAUGAUAACUCUUCUGUUACAACCGAUUAUACAUGCAUGCACAGAAACGAAUGUCAGGUUAUAAGCUCAGGCCUUCUUGGUAACUUAGUAGCUUGGAUGAGAGAGUAGCAUAUUGUUUUUUAUUGAUAACUUCUGCCAGGUUUUACUUUAAUUAGCUGCCUGGCAUUGUUUCGAUUUUGAGUCUAUGAAAGACCUUUUCUAAGCUAAUAGUACCUGCCUCAGAGCCUGGUCUCUUCUCAUUUUGAAAUGUUCGCCCCAAGUUUGAUUCUGCUUACAAUUUGAACUUCCAGUGGAGUUCGAAAAUAUGUUAAAUGACCCCCAAAUUUCGCCCAAAACAGGGCAAUUUUACAAGCAAAUAAAUAUCAUAAAAUGUUACUUUUGGUGCUAAAACAUACUACUUCCAGUAGGAUAUCAUUCUACCUUCCAAACAAACCUCAAAACACAUGUCUGUGAUCAGCUGAUUUCUCUUAAUCAGGCAAAAUGUUCAACUUUGCCAGGGGUUAAAUUUUAGGUCAUUCACUACUUAAGCUGAGCAGUCAGUGUGUUUUGCUUUGUACUGUUCAUCUCUUUCAAAUGUUUACCAUCAAUCUAGUUUGAAGAUGACCUAUAGCUAGAGUACAGAACCAACCUGACUUUCUUUACAUGUAGAUGUACUGAAAUACUUUGUGGAAAUUUGUUUUCCUGCACGUUUGAAUUUAUUUGAUGCACGGCAGUAAAUAUGUGAAUGUUCAACUAAUAAGAUCACUUUACAUUGCUUUAUAAAGCUUUUAUUUAGAUAUUUAUUCUGUGGAAAAUGUGAAGUUUGAGAUCGUAAAAAGCCUGAAACUUUGAAAUUAUCAAGGUAAAGUAAUAUGUAGCUAGAUCAGAUGUGAUUGUGAAUUUGUGAACUAGUGAUUGAUAUUGUUGAUUAUGUUUACUGUGUAUGUCCUUGUCCUAAGGCUAUAUAAACUCAUCAACAAAGAUUUGGCCAGAAUUUGAAAUAAGGCCAUCUCAUUUUGAAUUUUCUGCUACUCUCCGUAUCUCGUUCAUGUUAAUUUUGCCAGAAUAGAACGUCUCAGAGACACCAAGACACCACCCAGGCUAAACCUAUGCCCAUAACCAAAUUUCUGUGUAGGUCUAAUUAUGUGUGAUUAUAUGGGUUAAACAUUGGAUACAUACGUGUAUAUCAUACAUGUAUCACAGCAGUAUCCUCCUCCUGCAUGUUCUGCAGCACUAACUUGUUUAUGAUGCUGCCUCACUGUAAUAUGAAUACCAUGACAAAGACACCAGACAUGACACCAUAGACCAGUCACAAUAUAAUACUGGCAUGGGUGUGAUAAAUUGUAAAUGUUUCCCUAGGUUGAGUUUCAAGGAAGGAAAGUGCAAUGUACCAAGAGUGCCUUGAGGAUGUGCGAUCAAACAAACCAAACAUAUGAUCAGAUAUAUUUGUGAAAUCAUUUAUGGUCCACUGCCAUUUGGAUAUUGU